AGAGGGAGGGUACAGGAACUGAUGGAGAUAUCAAGGAGGAGAGAGCAGGAAGACAGGAGUCUCUGAGUACACGGGGCUUUGUACCAACCUCCUCCCCGCCUCCCACCGACUCCAUGGAGAUAAUAUUUGGCCGGAAUAAGAAAGAACAGCUGGAGCCAGUACAGGCCAAAGUGACAGGCAACAUUCCAGCAUGGCUGCAGGGAACCCUGCUCCGGAACGGGCCUGGGAUGCACACCGUGGGAGACAGCAAGUACAACCACUGGUUCGACGGCCUGGCCCUUCUCCACAGUUUCUCCAUCAGAGAUGGGGAGGUCUUCUACAGGAGCAAAUACCUGCAGAGCGACACCUACAAAGCCAACAUCGAGGCCAACAGAAUCGUGGUAUCGGAGUUCGGAACAAUGGCCUACCCAGACCCCUGCAAAAACAUCUUCUCCAAAGCUUUCUCCUACUUGUCCCACACCAUCCCCGACUUCACAGACAACUGCCUGAUCAACAUCAUGAAAUGUGGAGAUGACUUCUAUGCGACCACAGAGACCAACUACAUCAGGAAAAUCGACCCUCAGACUCUAGAGACCUUGGAGAAGGUUGAUUACCGGAAGUAUGUGGCUGUAAAUCUGGCUACCUCACACCCUCAUUACGACGAGGCUGGCAAUGUCCUGAACAUGGGCACGUCCAUUGUGGACAAAGGGAGGACAAAAUAUGUGCUAUUUAAGAUCCCUGCCGCGGCACCAGGCGGCAAGACGGAAGGGAAGGGGCCCGUGGAGCACGCUGAAGUUUUCUGCUCCAUCCCCUCUCGCUCCCUGCUCUCUCCCAGCUACUACCACAGCUUUGGAAUCACAGAGAACUACGUGGUGUUUCUGGAGCAGCCUUUUAAGUUGGAUAUCCUCAAGAUGGCCACCGCAUAUGUGAGGGGAGUGAGCUGGGCGUCCUGCAUGUCAUUCUGCAGGGAGGACAAGACGUACAUUCAUAUCAUCGACCAGAGGACCAGAAAGCCUGUGCCAACCAAGUUCUACACAGACCCCAUGGUGGUCUUCCAUCACGUCAACGCCUACGAGGAGGAUGGCUGUGUGGUGUUUGAUGUCAUCGCCUAUGAGGACAGCAGCCUCUACCAGCUCUUCUACCUGGCCAACCUGAACAAGGACUUCGAGGAGAAUUCCAGGCUGACCUCAGUGCCCACCCUUAGGAGGUUUGCUGUGCCCCUCCGCGUGGACAAGGAUGCAGAAGUGGGCUCAAAUUUAGUCAAGGUGUCAUCUACAACAGCAACAGCCCUGAAGGAGAGAGAUGGACAUGUCUACUGCCAGCCCGAGGUCCUCUAUGAAGGCCUAGAGCUCCCUCGGAUAAAUUACGCUCACAACGGGAAGCCAUAUCGCUACAUCUUUGCUGCUGGGGUACAGUGGAGUCCAGUCCCAACCAAGAUACUAAAAUAUGACGUUCUCACAAAGUCCUCCUUAAAGUGGUGUGAGGAGAGCUGCUGGCCGGCAGAGCCUCUGUUUGUUCCCACGCCGGGUGCAAAGGAGGAAGAUGAUGGAGUCAUCUUAUCAGCCAUCAUCUCUACGGAUCCCCAAAAGCUGCCUUUUUUACUUAUUCUGGAUGCCAAAAGUUUUACGGAAUUGGCUCGUGCCUCUGUUGAUGCAGACAUACACCUGGACCUGCAUGGUCUGUUUAUCUCAGAUGCAGACGGGAAUGCAAUGAAGCAGACUACCACCAAAACGCAAGAGGAUGAAAAUUCAGAUCAUCCCACAGGUCUGAAAGCACCAGGACUGGGCCACAGUGAAAAUGACUUCACACCAGGUCAUGGUGGCCCAAGCCUUUAAUCCUAACACUCAGGUAGAGGCAAGCAGAUCUCUGAGUUCAAGGCCAGCCUGGUCUACAACCUAAGUUCCAGGACAGCCAGGGCUAUACAGAGAAAUCCUAUCUUGAAAACAAAAGAAAGAAAACAGAGUUCACUGGCAGGACCUGGGGACAGUAACUGUGGUUGUUGACACUGUUGUAGAUGGCAUCUAGGCCCCCUUAAGAAACAAACUUCUGGGCCUGUCUGUGAGAGUUUCUGUAUUGUGUUAACUGGGCAAGGAAGAUCCGACCUGAACGUGGGUGGCACCAUCUCAUCCCCUGAACAGAGGUCAGGACUGAAUACAAAAGGAAACCCUGUAGCUGGAAUGUUGCUACUUCUUGGGUUCUUUUUCUUCCACCCUCUCCACCUCUCUUCAUCUACUUUUCAACCCCUAACAUUAGGGAGAAGAAAAGAAAGGAUAGAGGGGAAAGGGAUCAAUGAUAUCCUUAGACUGCUUCCCGCUGAUUAGAGGUACUGAUUGGAGGCAUUGAGUUCCUUGGGACAAGUUUGAUCUUUUCUUUCAGGAUUCUAAUUUCCUCUUUUCAUCUCUUCUCACAUGACUACAUGACAAGCAGCAACCAAAAGCAGUCAACAACCAAAACCAACCAACAACCAACCAACAACAACCACCAUAAACAACAGCAAACAACAUCAAACAACAGCCAAUACAGACAACAACCACCAGCAACUAACAACCACCGCAACCAACAGCCACUACAACAAACAACCAACAGCAACCAACAACCAACAACAACCAACCAACAACAGUAAACAACCACAAACAACCAUCAACCACCACAACCAACAACAAACAACAACAACCAACAGCCACUACAACCAAAAACCACCAGCAACCAAUAACCACCACAACCAACAACCAGCAGCAACCAACAGCUAACAACAAUCAACAACAAAAUCCAGCAAACAACAACAAUAAACAACAACAAACAGCAACAAACAACAACCACUUCUAGGGCCCUACAUCCUCUGAAAAGUCCCCAGAAUUCCAAAGGUCACACUCUUGCAGAAAUGACCUAUAGCCGGCAAAACCAUGCCCUGCUAGAGCA